CUGCUGUUGGCUAUUCAAGCCAUUGUCCAACAAGAUCCGACUCUGAUUGGUCAACCCAAUCAGGCCACUUGCACUCCUCUGCAUUAUGCCGCCGAGAAACGACUGGUAUGGGGCAAUCACUACUAUCGCAGUGGCGAACUCGUCUUGAUGCUCCUACGAGAGUACCCUCAAGCCGUCUCGAUACGGACCAAAACGGGAACUGGCAAAACUCCCUUUCAUGUGGCCUGCGAAGCCAACGCCGAUGCACGAGUCCUCAAGGCCAUGCUACUCAUACAUCCUGGACUCGCCACGGAACCAUUCGUCAAACGAGAUGUCUACAGUCUCGCCGAAAAUCCAUUGCAAAUCCUAUGGGGACACAGUAGUAUGAAUCAUCCCAACAAUACGCAGACACACGAAAAAAUGGCACUCUUGGUACGGGCGGCGCAUUAUGGAACCGUCGAUGAUGCCUGUCAUGACGAUCAUCAUUCCAAAAUUAGACUUGUCAGCGCCGCCUGUUCCGUACGGUGUCCACAGGCGUACUUUUUGCAUUUACUGCAAGAAUAUCGACAAGAAAUAUUUGAACUCGAUGAACCACGACAAUUGUUGCCACUCCAUUACGCCGUAUCCAAUGCAUCGGUAGAUUCACAACCUUACACACAGUUUGUGCUGGAAUCCCUCUUGGAAGUGUAUCCCGAUGCGGCAGCGGUACCCAAUGAAGAAGGACGGUUGCCACUCCAUGUCGCAUUGAUGGAUUCCAAACUCACGUGGCACAAAGGAGGGAUUCAAGAACUUGUCUAUGCCUACCCCAGUGCAUUGAUGGUACCAGAUCCCGUACAUCACUUGUUGCCAUUCCUGGCAUCGGCGUAUAAUGCCUUGGAGAGCAUGUUGCAUCUAUCCACAACUUACGAGUUGUUGAGGGCGGCACCAGAUGUCAUGGAAAGAUUGUGGUGA